UUCAGUUCCAUUCCAUUCCCAGGCUAGUCUGUAUACAUUUAGCAAAUAGUCUAUUUGAUAGAAGUAAUACCAAAAAUACGUCCGCAUAUUUCCUAAGUGAACAUAGCUACAACAUUUACUGAUGAUCUCCUAGUUAUUUGGCUUGACGGUUUCGUGGGCGUGCACGGUCUGCCAUUGUGCAUUUUGGCGCUCGCUUUCUUGCACAGCGAGGCAAACAAGCAAGUCGUUUUGGGAGGGGAAACGAAAAGCCCAGCAACAGCGUCAAGAAAACGAACCAGUAAACCGCUAAAGCUAGCAAGGGUUUUAUUUCGAACGUUUCAUUUCCAAGUUGGGACGUGCCCCUUGUUCACUCAUUUGAGGUACCGCUACCAAAUCAUGGGAAAGAAGACUCGUGAAAAUGAUGAUGAUGCCUCGGGCUCAUCUUCAGAAGAGGAAGAAUUUAUUGUGGAGAAGGUUUUGGACAGAAGGACGGUGAAGGGCCGAGUUGAAUUCUUCCUUAAGUGGAAAGGCUAUUCAGAAAAGCACAACACAUGGGAGCCAGAGAAGAAUCUCGGCUGCCCCGAGCUCAUUGCUGAGUUUAUGAAGACUUACAAGAAGCCUAGCGGCGGUGCCACCCCCAGCAGCGUAGGAGCCAAGUCCAGUGCGGGGUCAUCAGGCCGUAGCAAGGAAGGCAGCAGCAAGAGGAGAAACUCUGACGAUGAUGAGGAGGGGAGCAGCAACAAGCCCAAACGGAAAAAAGAGGAUGACGUCCUGAUUGCGAGAGGCUUUGAGAGAGGUCUGGAACCAGAGAAGAUUAUUGGAGCCACAGACUCCUGUGGAGACCUCAUGUUCCUCAUGAAGUGGAAGGACUCUGAUGAGGCAGAUCUGGUGCUGGCCAAGGAGGCCAAUCACAAGUGCCCGCAGAUCGUCAUAGCUUUCUACGAAGAGCGCCUCACCUGGCAUGAAGACGGGGAUAAGAAGGAGAAAGGCGCUGUGAGCAUGUAAGCAGGAAGUGUCAUCACAGGAAUGGUCACUGACCCCCCCCCCCCCCCCCCGACUGCAGGGACAACCUGGAGACACUCAUAUAGCCAGUACCAAAUCGCAACCUAUUCCUCCCCUUGGCCUUAACACUUUUUAUGGUCGCCUUUUUUUUGUGGCUUGGGUAGGUGUAAGUAGUGUAGUGGUAUAUUUUCCACCAGUGACGGGUUAAGGCAAAAUGGAGGGUUUAUGUGCGAUUUGGGACUGAAAGACCCCCCCCCCCCCGCUAAUGACCAUAACAAAAACCAUACAAACCAACGAUGGACGACACUGCCCACUUCAUGAUACCUCCCUCCGUGCCCCAAUGUACAGGUUAAUGUCCCUGAAUAACAAAGAGCCCAAUCUAGCCGUUUUACACACAAACUGAGAAGGAUGAGGGAAGACUGUGGGUUUUGGAGGUGGUGAAACAGGGUGGCUGGGCUCGCUACUGGGGACGGCUUGUCUUUCUUUCCUCUUUAUUCCCUUUCUGUAUUUUUGUGUAAGUACGAUUCUUGAUUCUGUGGUACCCUGUCUAGGUACUGGCAGCCAUCUUAAGGUGACUUGAAGGUAGUCGUCUUAACUAAGAGGUAACGUUAAAAUGGCCUCGUCUAUCAACGUAUGGUCCAGUGCCCUGUAUGAAAGUCCCGCCUACUUCCUGAAUCAUGUACUGGCUGUUUUUGAAUGGGAUUCAAGAGUAAAUCAUGAAAACGUGAAGGGAAAAAAGUUUUUUUAUUUAACUAGGCAAGUCAGUUAAGAACAAAUUCUUAUUUACAAUGACGGCCUAACCCGGACGACGUUGGGCCAAUUGUGCGCCGCCAUCCUAAGCAUAUAUUUGUUUUAGUGGAUUCAUUUACUUCUACCUUCAUGAAAGCCAUCAGUUCGGAGUAAAUCUACUAAUAUCAUUUUACAUGUAUCUUUAAUGACCUUUUUCAUGAAUUUGAUGUACUCUGGAAUCCCAUUCAAAAACGGUAUGGGACAUGAUCCAGGAAGUAGGGGGGACUUUCAUAGCGCAUUCACAAAGCGUCUCAGAGUAGGAGUGCUGAUCCACCUGUCCAUAUAUUCAUAUUCAUUGUUAUCUAAAAAGUAUAAAAAAACUGAUCCUAGAUCAGGCACUCUGGGGAAACUUUGAAUACGAGCCCUCGACAUGUUUCCCCAUGGAAGAUGAUCGCCUUCCAAGUCUUAUCAAACCUCGAACAUAACAGUAGUUAUGCAGUAGAUAAAAUUGUUUUAUCGUAAUCAGAUCACCUUGGUAGAAAAUCUCCCCUGCUUAUUUUUUUUGUUCAGUAGUUUUAGUCCACCUUUUGAUGUUUUAAGGUCAAUAUGGUCCCCUCUAAGUACUCCAUGUCUUGUUUUAUUUCUCCAAUUCUUCGCUAGUACUGUGGCUGGACUAAGUUUUGAAUAACCUACAUUUUAAUAUUUAAACUCUUUUGUCGAUUGGCUUCUGUUAUGUAGCUGUUCUGUAGGUCAAGUAAUCAUGUAGCUCCGAUUCCAUUGCUAAGAUCAUGAACAUAUUUAGUCAGAGUAGCUGCUUUUUCCUAACUUGGAAUUGGAUUCUUCCGAUUACCCGUUUUUUUUAUUUAUCAGACAAUUUUAUCACCACAACAAGCACAAUUAAGCAAAUAUUACAGAUGCACAGACGGGCCACUUCAAAAGUUGUACCCAAUGUUUCAAGCCAUCUUUAUUUGCAAAUGUGAAUGACAUAAUCACAGCAGUGCUGAAUUGGAACCCGACCCUAAGAUCAGAAGUCAGUUGACAAUCAGCAUGCCACAUGCUCUGCAGUAGAAAGUGACACCAAACGACCAUACUGAUUGAUUUGAUCAAGGUAUGCCACCCUGGGGCUAAAUGGCUCUGCCGACUUGCUCUGCCCAGUCCCCUGAGUGAGAGAAUGGGAUAAGGCAGAUCGGUGCUUACUUCCAGACACUGUUCCUUCUUGGGAAUGCUUAUCGAUCCAUUUGAACGUUUUAAGAUCCUGUCAAUGAUUUUUGAUUUUUUCAGAGUAUUAAGUGUUAAGUCCACUCAACCUACAGAGUAUUUGUUCCACUUGUAGAAAGAUCAUUUGUCCUGACCUGACUUUCUAGUUUUAUCAUCUUUCCUGUUAAUGCUAAAUACUGAAUGUUUUGGGAAGAUGUUAUCCACAUCAUUGGCUUCAUAUUACAGAUUUGUUUUAACUGCCUAUUCUGUCCAUUUUGGCUUUCUACCCCUUGUGUUGAAUGUAGAGCAUUGAGUUUGUGUUCAAUGAUAUCAUAUCCACAUGUGUGGUAACAAAGAGCAAGGUUGUUUAGUCACAGAAUAGAGGAAAAGUAUUCCAGUAUAUUUGUAGCCUAUAGCAUUGAGUUGAUGAUGGACAGAGUGCUAUUGCUAUGUAUUGUGGUCAAAUAUUCUCGUAUUCAAUUUGUGAUGUUUUCCCACUCAAGUUUUUUUUUUUAAAUGAGCAAUUGAGUCCUGAGUUGUCUUGUCACUGUAGUCAUAGAAACAAGUGAAAGAUUACUUUGAUAUCCUUCUCUCUUCAGAAACACCUCUAUUCAGGACAAAUGUAACGGUUGUCUGUUUUUUAUUUAUAUUUACUCAAAGAUUUUCAUUUGUAGUCCAUUUUUGAUUUUCUUUUUUUCAAAGUGUUCCACAUUUUGGUGUAUCUUACCAUUUUUUUUUAAUGCUCUGAAAUUUGGGUUUUAUAUGUAUUGUGGUAAACUGUUUUCAACAUUCAACGGACUGGUGAUGUUUCUGCUAGACUGCUGUGCACUAGUCAUAUUUAACCAGCAGAUGGAGCCAUGUCAAAGGAAAUCCUGAAAUGGACCUAAUUGAGUAUUUAUUGCUCAUAAACUAAUCUAAUUUCCCCACAUUACAGAGAAUACGCAUUAUAUCUAUCGAGAGAUUCAAUGAUUGAUAUACUAAUAGUUGCUUUAUACAUCGCCUAGACUAUUUUAGACUUUCAAAAAACGGUUUAAUUCAAGAGUACCAUCUAGGUGACAGAUGGCAUAUUGCCUCUAUUAGUCCAACUCUGUAUAUUGAGCUAAUUCAAUGGAAUAUUCUCUUCCACCUGGCCCGUAUGAAGAGGCUUUAUAUAGUAAAGACUACAACCAGGCCCUUAAGGUAUUCCUGCUUUGAUCACAUGGUGGUCAGGAAAACACCCUCACACGUAUACAUAGGCAACUAUAGUACAGCGUUUAUCACUGUACCAGUGACCGGUGAAAUAUAGUCCUCCUUUUAACCAGCUCGUGUUUAAAAGACGACAUGUAAAAGCACCACUGGAGAUACAACUCACCACUAUAUGUUGAUUGCUGUUACAUAUAGUGCCAACGUUAAGGAACAGGCAGUACAUCUGUCUUUCUGUGCUGGGCCCAGCAACAUCCAAGUUGUGAAUAAAUAAACACUUUUUAGAUAAUGAUUACUGAAUAAAUGCCUAAUAAAUGAUCAUUGGCUUAUACCUUAAAAGCCUAACUGCUUAUUGCAAA